AUGAUCUUCUCAACAGCUAUUGCCCGCCCCGUGCAGCUGGCAACCCGCACACUGCAGUGGUCCAGCGCGGUAAUCGUUAUGGGCCUAACCUCGUUCUUCAUCAGCCGCGGUCCACACGGACAACACCUUCUCUAUCAAGAGGUCAUCGUGAGCACUGCCAAAAAUCCGCCCAUCGUCCACUGUCAGCUUUCUAACUAUUUCCAGUCCGUCCUUUCGGUCGUCUUCUUUAUCCCAGCAUUUAUCUCUCCAUUCCUCCCAACAGCACUCAGCAAAUUCGUCCUCCUAAUCGACGUCAUCUUCUCCUACCUCUGGUUAACCGCCUUCAUCUUCGCCGCCCAAGACUACAACCAGAACUCGUGCUACCUCAGCUCCCCACCUGGUGUGACCUGCGGCCGAAAGAAGGCCAACGAGUCGUUUAUUUUCCUCGCCUUCAUCUUCACCUUCUUCGGCAUGUUCCUCGAAGUCGCCGCCCUAUGGGCCUACCGCAAAGGAAACACUCCCGCACCGGCCGUACAGGAGAAGGACGACGGCACUCGCGUUCCGCUGGAUGGCCCAGUAGGUCCUGCGCCUGCAGCAGUUGUUUAA